UUCUCUCUACUGAAGCUACAAGGACAUCAUCAUCAUACAAUGUCAAAACCCUCGUCCCACGCUGAAGAUUUAUAUCUCUCAUCCUCCACGGAGGAAGAUUCGUCGGCACCGCCGCCGCCACCGCCGAAGGUUGACGUGAUCGACAAAAAGAAAAAAUCCAAGCCGCCGACAUCGACGAGCUCGAGCAAGAGGUCAAAACGUUCGUCCCAUACCGAUUCGUAUCUCUCAUCCUCCACUGAGGAAGAUUUGCCAGCACCGCUACCACCGAAGGCUGACGCGGUCGAAAAAAAGAAAAAAUCCAAGCCAUCGACAUCGUCAGCAAGCUCGAGCAAGAGGGUCAGAAUAGCUCCUGUGAAGCCACGGCACGGCACUGCAGCGGAACUAUUCGGUGCCGAUAGCGAUGACGAGGGAUUAGAAGCGAACCAACCUGCAGGGGAGGGUAAAUUAUUAUCGUACAUUUCACGACGACUUGCGAACGGUUUUGCUCGUCAGACAAAUCCUGAUAAAAGGGCACCCACUUUGUUGAGUGGGAUCACGUAA